AACUGACUCUGGGGAAAAGAACGGACUGGACGCUCUCUGUGGCCGUUCGGUCGGUUUCUCCAGCGAGGCUGGCACAAUGCCUACGGCGACGGAGUUGAGAACGCUUCGCAGCGGACGAGCUCUGUGACCUUGGGCACACCGAGCCCUCUCUGAAGCUCCAUUACCUCUGGGAUCCGGGGUGACAGGAUUGCCCCGCUGCCCCUCACAGCUCAAGUCCGGAGACUGAAACCCCUAAGUGGCUUUUCCCAGCUCGCGACUCCAGCGGCUCCACGCCGAUGCCCUUCACCUUCCUAGCCCCCACCACAGCCUCUGUCGUCCCAAGCCAAGCCCGGAUCCGCCCUGCGCCUCCUUCCCGCUUUUCCCCCGCGCCCGGGCUCGGCUGUCACCUCACCGGGCAGGCACCGCAGCUGCAGGAGCCUCCAGCCCAACCGGCCGAGGACACCAGACGCUGCAGCCGUCGCCGCCAUCUUGGAAGUGGGCACGCACGCUGAGGGCGGAGACGCGCCGGGUAACGUCACGCCGUCAGCGGGGUCGCGUCGGCUCUCUAGGACUCUGGUGCUGUGCGGCGUCCUCUCGCGAGAGACGGGAACGAGAAGCCGGCGUCUGCGGAGCGGGUUUUCCGGCUGGGGAGGAAGGAAAAAAGAAGAGAUUCAGAAAAGCUGACUUGCCAUAGUUGUGUACCUAAGGAAACAAAGUAGAUCUGCAGGUUGCUUAUUUUUAAUAACUCCCUAGCUAACAUAGCGUUUAGGUCCAGCAGCGCUACAGGAAUGGCAGACUUUGGGAUUUCCCCUGGCCAGCUUGUGGCAGUGUUCUGGGACAAGUCAUCUCCUGAGGAGGCCCUAAAAACACUGGUGGAUAGACUUCAAGGGUUAACUGGAAGCGAGGGCCAAGUAUUCACGGAAAACAUCACCCAGCUGUUGCAGUCUGCCCAUAAGGAAUCCAGCUUCGAUGUCAUUCUGUCGGGUGUAGUCCCAGGAAGCACCUCUCUGCACAGUGCUGAGGUUCUGGCUGAGAUGGCCCGGAUCCUCCGGCCAGGGGGAUGUCUUUUUCUGAAAGAACCAGUGGAAACGACAAGAGUUAACAAUGACAAAAUGAAGACAGCCUCUAAGCUGUGUUCGGCCCUGACUCUUUCUGGCCUUGUGGAAAUAAAAGAGUUGCAGCAGGAGGUGUUAAGCCCCGAGGAGGUGCAGUCCGUACAGGAACACCUAGGCUACCACAGUGACAGCCUGCUCUCAGUCCAUGUCACUGGCAAGAAGCCAAACUUUGAAGUGGGUUCUUCUAGUCAGCUAAAGCUUCUCAAAAAGAAGUCUUCAGUGAAGCCUGCUCUGGAUCCCGCUGCCGCUAAGCUCUGGACCCUCUCAGCCAAUGACAUGGAGGAUGACAGCAUGGAUCUCAUUGACUCCGAUGAGCUGCUAGAUCCAGAAGAUUUGAAGAAGCCUGAUCCAGCCUCCCUGAAGGCUCCUUCCUGUGGGGAAGGGAAAAAGAGGAAGGCCUGUAAGAACUGCACCUGUGGCCUCGCAGAGGAACUGGAGAGGGAGCAGUCCAAGGCGCAAAGCUCUCAGCCCAAGUCAGCCUGUGGAAAUUGCUACCUGGGUGAUGCUUUCCGCUGUGCCAACUGCCCCUACCUUGGGAUGCCAGCCUUCAAGCCUGGAGAGCAGGUGCUCCUGAGCAAAAGCAAUCUCCAGGAUGCCUAGGAGGAACCUUAGCCUACACACCUCUUCCUCCUCCAGGCAGCUCCUGUCCCUCAGCUCCAGCCACGGCCUCCUCCCAUCUCUGGAUUCACUCUGAAAACACUCGAAGGGAGACGCUGCUGUGGCAGAGUGUAGCUGCUGUGGGCAGUGAGGUGUGGUGCUGCUAUGUCCUGAAAGACCACGGUAUGAGGGGACCUGCCUCUUAGUGUUAGGAGAGGAUGUGCCCUAAGGAGCUCUGCUCCUGGUGUUACAGUGCUGACCCUCCACCCUGAGUCUACACAUCCUGGAAUAUUUAUGCUGAAGAAGCUCCAGGCGCCACUCAGUGAUGCUGCCACCUACUGAACUUCCUCAAGAUGUAUUUCUUGGAGCCUUGGAUCAGCUGUCAAAGGGUCUCAGGGGCACCAAAGAAGUCACUCCCCCAGCUGUGAUCCAUCUUGUGUCCCUCUGCCUUUCUCACCUCACCCCGUUUUACUGUAGUGUUGUAUCUGUGUCCUGCUGUCAUUUCUGUUAAAUAGGAAUUAAACUUUUGUGUUUGUGUUUCCCUUUUA